AUGGCACCGGCGAUGCGAAGCGGCGCGGACGGCGUGUACCACUUCGUGAUCCCCGUGCGGCCGCUGGCGGGGCAGAUCUCCAUGGAGCACCUCGAGCGCCUCUCCGUGUACAACUCGCUCUACGGCGCGCUGUUCGUUGCAGCAGGGCUUGUGGCCAUCCUCUUGCCACUCAUUUUCCCACUCGCCUUGGGUGUCGCCAUCAAGACUCUUGGGUGGGUGCUGCUGGUGGGCGGAGUGGUGACUUUCCUGCACUUCCUCUUCCUCUGUGGUGCACCUGGCACCGUCGCACUGCUCUUCCUCGGCCUCAUUCACUUCGCCAUUGGAUUCUCCCUCGUCACCGGCACGGGCCUUGUACAAGGCCCAAACGCUCUCCAGUUUAUCCUCGCCGGCUGGUUCUUAGCUCAGGGCGUGUUCAAGAGCGCACUGGGUGUGUCGCUGCGCAGCAUCUCCUCGUGGCCCAUGGUGCUGCUCUCCGGCAUGAUCGCCAUUGCUCUCGGCUUUGUGGUGUUCGCACAGCCACCGCAGCCAGAGGAGCCAAACAAGGACUUUGUGCGCCUGGCAGGGCUGCUCGUGGGCGUGGACCUCUUCAUCACCGGCGUCAGCAUGCUUGUCAUCGCCCUCCUUUCUUCAUGGGCUGUUCAAAUGGUGGACGAGACAGAAGAACCACUGCUUGUUGGCCCUGUCUCUCCUUCGGGAGGUUCUUCUGUCUAA